ACCUGGAAGACAAACAUUGACAGUGGAGGUUUCUUGUUGAGCUUCCUGCAGCCCGGAGCUGAGACGCGUCUACUGCUGCUGCUGCUGCUGCUGCCUGUCUGUCUGCCUCGGAUCUCUGCGCACAGGAACGACCAUGGAGAUUAGUUUUGCGGGUAAACGAGCUCUGGUCACCGGAGCUGGAAAAGGGAUUGGCAGGGCCACGGCUCUGGCUCUGGCACGCUACGGAGCGGAGGUCACGGCGGUGACGCGCACACAGGCUGACCUGGACACGCUAAUGCAGGAGUGUGCUUCCAUCACUCCAGUGUGCCUGGACUUGGCAGACUGGGGGGCCACGGAGGCAGCCCUGCAGGACAUCGGCCCCAUCGAUCUGCUGGUGAAUAAUGCCGCCUUUGCCAGCCUGCAGCCGUUUCUGGAGGUCACACCCGACCAGUUUGACCAGUCAUUCAAUGUGAAUGUGAAAGCAGUGCUGCAUGUGUCCCAGAUAGUGGCUCGUGGCAUGAAGGCCAGAGGAUCUGAAGGCUCCAUUGUCAAUGUGUCCAGCCAGGCCUCACAGUGUGCCCUUAGAGACCAUGCUGUGUACUGUGCCACCAAGGGAGCCCUGGACAUGCUGACUAAAGGGAUGGCUCUAGAGCUCGGACCUCACCAGAUCCGUGUGAACAGCGUGAACCCCACAGUGGUGAUGACUGAGAUGGGUCGUCUGGCCUGGAGUCAGCCCGAAAAAGCUAAGACCAUGAUGGCGCGGAUCCCCCUGGGCCGCUUUGCAGAGGUGGAGGACAUAGUGAACAGUAUUUUGUUCCUGCUCAGCAAUAAGAGCAACAUGACUAAUGGAGUCACUCUGCCGGUGGACGGAGGCUUUCUGGCAUGCUGACCAGCAUGAGGACACUCCAACGAGUUAAGAGGAAAAAAGACUUGUCUCGUGGGUAUUAUUUACUAAAUAAAAUGCAUCCACGGCACAACCAA